AAUUGUCUUCUCUUCACCACUACUUGUGUUUUUGUGCACUUACUAUUACUUUUCUUCUCUCUCUUUCACACUCUCCAUAGCAACACAUACACUUCUAGCUAGAUUUGUCCAUUAUAUAUAAUUUUGUCUCUAAUUAGUUCAUCUACAAUUAAUAUAAUAGUAAAAAUAUUUGAAAAUAUGUCUAGUAGAAGGUCAAGAUCAUCAAGACAUUCAGGAGGAUCAAGGAUAAGUGAGGACCAAAUCAAUGAUCUUGUUAACAAAUUGCAACAACUUCUUCCAGAGCUAAGGAAUAGAUCCUCUGACAAGGUUUCAGCAAGUAGGGUGUUGCAAGAUACAUGCAAUUAUAUAAAAAGUUUGCAUAGAGAAGUUGAUGAUCUGAGUGACAGAUUAUCAGAGUUAUUGGAAUCAUCAGACACUACUCAAGCAGCUCUAAUUAGAAGCCUACUUAUGCAAUAGUCUUUAAUUUUGUACCUUUUUUUUUGUUUCAAUUUCUUUCCUACUUUAUUCAGCAGUUACCAUUUUGUUUUUUCCUUAUAAUUUAGACUUUCUAUUUAAUUAUUGACUGCUAGAAAAGAGAGUUUUGAUGUUUAUGAGUUGAACGUACCUUUAAUUUAAAGCCUUUUGGGCUCUAUCCACAUUAAUGGCCUAUUCAAUAUUUCCAUCCAUAGAUAAUAUAUUUUGA